CCACAACUACACACAAUCCAAAUAUACUUUUGAUAUUCUCCUUCAUCUUAAAUAUCGUUUCCAAGCUCGUCAUUUUGUGAAAUCAUUCUCGUUUUUACACGAACGCAAUAAUGAGCGGCAAAACAUCGAUCACUAGCAGGUCAGACGAAUUUCAAAGGCAGAUAGAUCAUAAAGAGAUGCCUCGAGAUCACCAAAUUGAAAGGCACACUCAUAUUCACACGACGCGUUACCGAGGGGGCAGUCUAGUUGAGGAGGUCAUCGAGAAGCUUGAGAGAUUCAAAGUACGUACGGUUAACAUCUUGGUGGGAGGAGAAGAUGACGAACAGAAGAAAUAAAACAAUUACCAAAUAUUCAAAUUCAUUCAUUCAUUCAUUUCUAAC